GCACUAAAACAAACAAAAAACUGAUAGUUGACAUGUUUCUCACCUGAGCCACUGCCUCUCUCUCUCUCUCCGUUGAGCAAAUCCCCAAAAAAAUUCCAAUUUCUCCAUUCAGUUCAACGAUUUUCUGCUACCUGUAACAUUAAUACAACGCUGGAUAUAGAUUCUACAUUUUAAUUUCAUUAAUUAACGGCUGACACAGUUGUAUUCUGGCAAAAUCCAUAAAUGUCGAUGAAUUUAAUGGAAUUUAAUUGGCGAUGAUGAGAUGAUAUCAGACGGCUUCCGGCAUUAAUUCCUCGCCCGCUACGUGUCUCUUGGACAAUAUGCCGCUUCGUUUUUGUCUUCUCUAUGCGUGCAAUUUUAAUAAUAAUUUAUAGUUUCGUGGUUUCUUCUUUGUUAUGAAGCUCGGCGGUGAUACAUUGUCCUAUUGUUCUUCGUAUUCUGAUUUAAUUUGUGAAAAUUCAUGGAUGAUUGAUCAUUUCCCGCUAUUAUUUGGUUCAGUGAUUUGUGGUGUAAAUUCGGGAGGAGAAUUAGGGUGGGUGGUGGUUGAAAAUGAUGCGGAACCGUGACCAUGGCUGCUAUAUUUGUCCCUUAACCAGCUUGCAAAUUGGGGACUUGCAGUCUUAUCUUUCACAUCUUAGCCUCUUCAUUGCACCUGAGAGUAAGAAAUUCUAUAUUCUUGUGGAUAAUCGACCAUGGUUGAAAGAUCUAGUUUCAGGUGCACAUUUUUGGCAAUUGAUGGUCACUAAGUCAAGGUUGUCCCCUUUUGCAAAUACCAGAGGGAAGAAAGGAAAAAAGGAAACAUCUGAAGUCACUGACCUUCGAGUCACUCCAAAAUCAACUGCAAGUAAAUCGAAGAAGUUUAAAAGAUGGUUCUCUCUUGUAGAGGCUGCAACUUUAUCACGGAAGAGGGCUUUGCUACCUGUAAAAAAAUUGAGGAGUGCACUAGUGUUUAACAGCAAGUUGCAUAGAACCCUGUACGGGUUUAUAGUCUUCGAGAUUGCAUGGCACAAUGUUCGUGGUUUAAAUUACUUGAAUGAGCUUCAGACCGAUACAUCACUUGCUGUCGAGUCCAGAUUCAUGAACAGAUGGGAAUUUGAUAGUAUAGCACAAGCUGCUAGAUCCAUUUCUUCAUGGUUUCCUGGGACAACCAAUGAACGGAAGUUUUUGAAUGAUUAUCUGGAGUCCACAGGAGAGGUCUUCUUUGAUGCUCAAGAAAACUUUCCAAGGACCAACAUUCCAGAGGAUCUUACUUGUGAUGUCUCUGAUGGUGGGGAUGAAUCUUCUGGCAUUUAUAGCUCCAGUUUCAGUGCAUAUCCUGCUAGAACAGAGAGUGGAACAAAUAUGCUACAAACCCCACCUCCACCUAAUGGUCCGUGUAAGAGAAGAAAACUGACGAACUCACCGAGUAAUGAACUUGAGUUUGACAUAUUCUGCAAAGAAACACAUGGUGAGUCUGUUGGUUCACCAAUUCAUUCUCAGGACUCUUAUGCGAGUGACUGUGAAGAUGUAAUUGAAGCUUCCCAGUACAGCGAUGUCUUGAUUCUGUUUCGGUUUGAUGAUCCUGACCUCCCUUUUAAACUGAAGAAAAUAAUUGUUUCUGAUUUGCGGCUACUUAGAUUGUUAGAGGCUGGGCUUCCUUCUUGGGUUAUCUUUCUUCAAUCUUAUCCAGUCUUUUCCCGUAUUUACCGCCCAUGGAUGUGCCCUCUAGCCAGAGCUUUAUAUGUGCUCAUUUCAGUUGUCACUGUUCUUAUUGGAUUCUAUGACCUUUACAAGAAUGUACCUGUUCUCAAGGCAACGGCGUCUCAUUUGUUUGGGCCACUUUUUGAUUGGAUAGAAACAUGGGAAAUGACAUCCAGAAUUAAGUACUUAGGAACUAUGUUAUUUCUGCACAAUUUUCAGAAGGCUGUUAGGUGGUUCCUCAUGAUGACACGGGCUGUACGGUCAUUUCUUUCUAUAUUUAUACAGCCAAUGGCUGGACCAUUCUCAGAAUUUUUGGAUUUCUUCCUUCCAUUCUGGAAUAUGUGUAUACAAAUAGUAGAGAGCUUUUUCUCAGUACUUUGGAUGGUCAUUGAGUCGUCUUGGAGUCUAGUUGGGAACCUUGUUGAGAUUCUACUCAUGCCGCUAUGGUUUAUCCUAUCAGUUUGUUGGAGCAUUGCGACAUAUUUCUUAUAUCCUGUUAUCUGGGUUCUCUGGGAAAUGCUCUAUGCUCCGAUCCGUUUGGUUCUUGGAUUAUAUGGCCUUCUGGUAUCCAUUUCCUUAUGCAUAUAUGGGUUACUCAAAGAUAUGUGGCUGGUAAUGAGUGGCGUAUUUCAGUUUAGUUCGGGUGUAAAAUCAACAGUGAGGUCAUCAGAGGUGUCCAUGUUGCGGUCUCUUUGGAAUGACCUUUUUUCCCAGAUUUUUCGUGCUGUACGGAGCAUUUUAAAUGGCUUUGUUGCUUUCUUUACUGCAUGCAAUAGGCAUCGUCUAAGUAUUUACAAUCAUUGGAAGGAGGUUGUUCAAAAAGUGUAUCAGCCUGGUAAAAGAUCUGUGGGUUCUAAUUCGACUAAAAGAUCCGAAUCCCUAGUUUUGAGUUAUGGAGAAUGCAAAUCAGGAGCUAAGAUGAAUAUUAAAGCAGAAUGUGAUUUUGCACUUUCUGCAGAUGGAAGAUAGAGACGAAUUUCAGCCCCCACUGAAGUUCAGGAAGGUUAGUUGACACUUUUGGCAACGUUAGAGAUCAUAUUUCCAGCAUCAAAGCACCUUUUGUACAUACUACACCAAGCAAUCCAGAGACUGAUGUUGACCCAGCAAAAAGUUUUCUUACUUGUAGAUAAUGUAGACUAGGAUAAUAAGUAUAAAUCUUGUAAUUAAUAGCAUAAAAUGUAAUUACUAUCGGUUUUUUUUCCCUUUUUACAUUGUAUAAUGUAAAUUUCAAUAUAUUGUUACU